AUGCAUUCAAAAAAUGAGUUCCGAAAUUGUGUAGCUUUAGCUCUUUCUAGCAUGUUAAAAUACACACUAGAAACAGAACCAUUUGAAGAAGUAUACGCAGUCGAUAAUACUUACGCUCUAUACGCUGGGUUUGAGUUAGCUGGUAAUCGUAAAGUGGUUGCUAAAUUCUCAACUCAGAUAGCUCGCAUGGAAGCAGAAUAUCAGCUGUUUUGCAAUUUAUCAAAAGAUGAGCGCUGCCGUCGGUUUGUUUCUGUUCCCAUUGAAUUUAUUGAGUUUUCACAUAUCGACUUAUCUGCACACGUUCUUUUCGACGCUGGACAUCAUGAUAUUUUAUCCACUUUCUAUGAUUACUUUCGAAACCAUCCUAUUGACUAUAUUCGUUACUGCAUUUCUGUCUGUCGAUGUGUUGAAUUUCUGCACUCUAAAGAUAUCGUUCAUGGGGAAAUCCGAUUUGAAUCCUUCCGCCCUAUAAAAGAUUACUCGAAUGUAAUUAUGUUAAAUAUUGGGAGUGGUGCAAGCUCGUUUCACAAUUACUUGCAAGCGUAUAACUGGCAGCGGUUCUAUGAAGACUCUCAAUCCAUGUCGAGAAUUACUUAUAUCAGUCCCGAGCAAACAGGGCGAACAUCGUACCCUGUUGAUCACAGAACGGAUAUUUAUAGCUUAGGAAUAUUUUUCUAUUAUUGUCUAGCUGAAGGUUAUCCCCAUCUGGAUUCCUUUAUCCAAACGAUCCGCUCCAUCCUAACAGAACAUCUACCAAGUAUUGCCGAUGCCUGUCCGCAAAUUCCCAAGACUAUCUUUAAAAUAAUAGAAAAAAUGACAAAAAAAAACCCUAACGACAGAUACACUUCUUGCUCAAGUAUCUUAGCUGACUUAGAAAUCUGUUAUGACAAUUUAGUAAACGGAAUUACGAGUGGAGAAGGAAUCUUUGAUAACACAGGUUUUACAUCCUUAUUUAUGCUUCCUUCUUCUACAUAUGGCCGUGAACGUGAGAUUGAAAAGGUAAAAUCUCUUUUGCGUCACACCGAAUCAACUUCCCUACCUUUAGACUCUUCUUUUCACGACUCACCCUUUUUAAAAGGAAACGAGCAUAGUGAUCAUAUCGUUGUUAUAUUAAUUACUGGGCCUGAAGGUGUUGGUAAAGCUACAUUUAUCCAAGACGUUUGUGAUAGGAAGGAAGGGUACAUGGCUAUCACAAAAUGUGAACCAUCAGAGUCUUUCUCGAAUUCUGCAUUGAUUCGUGGAAUCGCUCAGUUAAUUCUUCAAGUACUCGCUGAGAGUCAGCAUUUAGUACAUGAAUUUUUUCAAAAAUUGAAACAUGCUUUGGAAGGAGAUUUGUAUCUUUUAAACUCGGUUUUUGAUAUAGUUCCCGAAGUAAAGCCGUUUCUUGAUAAGAGUCCAUAUGUUGGCAAUAUUAUAAGUUUUCUUUCAACUUCAUCGAAUGAAUCUGUUAAGUCUUCGUCGUCCCUAGGUCGAAGUGCUAAUAGCCAAGAAACUCAAUACAAUUCUGACCAGCGGAAUCAAUUUGGUCAUCAGAUCUCUCUCUCUAGUUCCUUAAUUACUCUACUGACAAUGAUUUCAUCGCUUAAGCGGUCAACCAUUGUCAUCAAAAACGUUCAUUAUGCUGAUGAAUUAUCAAUCAAUAUUCUAGAAUGUUUAAUUCGUUGCAAUGUUCCUAUAAGUAUAAUUUUAACAUGUGAUGAUUCUUAUGCUAAUUUACUUAAAAAUUUCCUUUCCUUCUCUCGAUUUGUUCAGGAAGUGCAACUUAAACCGCUAGCAUUUGAUGCGGUAAAUGCUUACGUUCAGACAACUCUUCACCGUGUUGGGGAAGACUUGUAUCCUUUCACUUCCUAUGUUUAUCAUGUUUGUAAAGGGAACCCCUUAUUGAUGAGAGAUUUACUGUCAGAACUUUACAACAAAAAGGUCAUAUACUUUGACUGGGAAACCCGUCAGUGGUCAAUAGAUUACGAUGAGGUAAAUUUGUUUAGCCCUGAAAGUUAUAAUAUCAAUGUCGAUUCUUACUCAAUCACAAAGCUUUCUAGCUUACCUGAGCCCUGUCGUUGCUUCUUGGCUUGGGGUAGUAUGAUGGGUUCAUCGUUUUCGUUUGAAACUGUUCAAAAGCUUUGUCAAGAAGUCGAAGGGUUUGACCUCGAUAAUGAGUCCUUGGAUUUAUUACUUAGAAAGGGCAUCAUAUAUGCCACUUCGACAAACUCAUACUCAAUUUCUCGUGGAAGCUACAAGAAAACCAUCAAGAAUUACUAUAGUCAAGAGAAGUUACAACGUAUGCAUGCACGUCUAUUUGAGUUGUGUAUUAACAAUCGAGAUCAAUACAGUCUAUUCGAUAUUGCUUCUCAUGUUGAUGCAGCUUUUGAAUACAUAAAGAAUGAAGAUAAUUCAACACUGAAUUUUACUUAUCUCUACCUGGCUGCUGAAGAAGCUCUUAAAAUAGGAGCAAAUAAGAAAGCACUUAAUUUGUAUAAUAGAUGCAUCGAAAUAUUGCCUUAUAAAUAUUACAAUAGAGAAAACGAUGACGAGAGGAAACAAAUGAUCCAAAUAUAUGUUGGUUGUGCUGAAGCCAACUUGGUUAACGGUAAUGCAGAGGCGGCCAUGAAAAUGACAAAGCUUGCUGAAAAUGAAUCCGCUAAUUUAACUGAGGCUUUCAAGUCGUUAUUUUUACGCUGCCGAGUAUUAUUUGAAAGCCUGCGCUCUGAAGAGCUUCUUUCUCUUGUUCUAAAUUAUUUAACUCAACUAGGUUUUUCUAUCGAAAAACAUAACUUCGAAGAUUCGAAGGAAAUUUUGAAGUCAUUAAUCCCAAAAGUGUUGAAGUAUGCGGACGAGGAAAAAAGCAUUGAGAUUGAUAAUGCAACCAUUUUAGACGACCGCAGCACUGAAAUAUUCUAUUUCUUGUUUCAGGGCUUUAGCGCCGCAUCUAGAUAUUAUCAAUGCUCUCCCAUUGUUGUGGACUUUUCAAUUGCUUUUGCAAAUGCUUUUUUAGAGUAUGGAUUUACCGAUUUUUCUGGUUAUACUUUACUUUUCUUCUCCGUUACUGCGAUGACCAUCGUAGGUCCUUCCGCUCCUUUGUUUAAAAUGUGUAACCUUGCCAGAAAACUCAAUCAAGAGAUCCAAAAUUACACAAUACAGACUUACACAGAAUUUUUUUAUUUGCUUUCGAUUGGAUAUGUGACGGAAACUUUACAGAAAAGGAUGGUUUCCAUCCGAACACUCCAGAAACACUGUCAACCAUCUAGCAGAUUCCUUGGGAACUCUCUUUCGGUCUUUUCACUCUGGGACAGUUUUCUUCUAUCUUCCAAUUAUGGCGAUUUUUUGAUCGAGUUUGACGAAGUUUACGGUGAAGCCUUAAAACAACGCCUUUGGGUUGCCGAUAGUGUAUACUUUCCUAAUUUACGAACCCUAAUACAAUGCCUUUUAGGAGAAACUGAAUUGGGCCCUUGCGAGUCUUUGUAUAACAAAGAGCGGCAGUUACCAGCCUCUCCUGAAAAGAAUUUAUCAGAGACCUUUGGGCGUUGGUAUUUUUCUUGGCAUUUGUUAAACCUUGUUCUCACAGAGGACUGGGAAGAUGUUAUUUGCUACGGCUUAAAUAGUUGCUUUGGCUAUUUUUUACUUUGCCUGGCUAUUACUAACAAGGGGUUGACUAAUGGUAUGCUUUCUGAUAACGAGAAAACCUUUUUCUUAGAAAAGCUGAAAUUCUUCGAGUAUAUAAGUACUUCAUCUGAAAGUUGCAGUCCGAUAACCUUGUAUUUCUAUUUUUUACAGGCAAGUAAGGUUACUUUAGACGGUGAUUUGACGAAAGCAUCAGUGCUAUACGAGAAAGUUAUUGCUUUAGCGACUAAAUUGAAUUUAUAUUUGGUUGAGGCUUUUGCUCUUGAAGCUGUCGGAAAAUUAUUCUGCAAAAUAAAUUUAACUACCUCGGGAAUUCAUUACAUCGAACAGUCUGUGAAAGUAUACAAAUCCUUAGGGUUGAAGAGAAAAUAUACUACGUUACAAAACCAAAUCAUUGAUAAAAUGCCCCCUAAUUUACUGAAAUUAACUGUUGAUGAGAUUGUCCAAACGGAUACCGCAUACGAACAAAGACCUUAUUCUACCGAUACUAGUGACAAAGCAGAAGAUGAUGAUCUAGUCGAGUCAAAUUAUCGAAUAUCUUUUCCUAAUGAAGAUUACGAAGAUCAGGCAUGUACUAUGGCGAAUGUUGGAACUGUCUCUUUAGAAGAACUCCUCAUUUCGUUAGAUAUAAUUGAUUUAACCUCAGUUAUGAAGUCCUGUCAAACUAUUGCUAGUGAAACUGAAUUAGACGGCUUACUAUCAACAAUGACGCUUCGAAUGCUUGAAGAUUCUUCGGCAGAUGCAGCCUCAAUUGUUAUAAGAGAAGACAAUCAUUUUACCGUUGCAGCAUAUCGUACAGAAAACGUCAACGAAGUCUUUACUCCUCCGAUUCCGGUUUCGGAAAGACAGCCGUUCGUUCCUUCAAAGGUAAUAAACUAUGUCGUCCACACUCAAAAAGUGUUAUUUUCACAUAACAUUCAUAAAGACUUUGAUUUACACUGCGAAGAAUGGAACGAACUAAACAAUAAAGGAAAAAAUGUGAUUGUAAUUCCCCUCAUCCAAAAAAAGGUAGUAUUUGCUGUUUUGUAUCUGCAAGGACCUCCUUUUUCGUUUCACUGUCGACAUGUUUCAGUUCUUUCUAUUUUAGGGUCUCAGGUCAGCUUCGCGAUUGUCAAUAUUUCCCUUUUUCAUAAAGUGAAAGAAGCAACAAAUGCUAAUAAUGAAAUUAUAGAAUCCCAACGCGAGGCACUCAGUUUGGUUCGGAAAUCAGAAGCGAAAUAUAGAAGUUUCGUAGAUACUAUGCCUUGUUUACUUUCAAAGCUUAAAUAUGACAGCGGAUUAAAGAUUGAACUAUUUGGCUCUUUUUGGAAGGAAUAUUGCGGUGAUACUGAUUUAAGAAAGCCUAAUAUCUGUAAAGAAUUUAUACAUCCGCAGGAUUAUGAUAUUUUAGAACAACAUAUUAUUUCUCAAAGCAACGUUAAUGCUCCAUUUGAGAAAGAAGUACGUAUAAGAAGAAAUGAUGGAGUUUACAGAUGUAACUUAACACGCUGCACGCCUAUUUUGAAUGAGUCAGAGCCGACAUAUAUUUGUGCCACUAUUGAUAUAGGGGAUCAGAAAGAAGCGAGAGCCGCUGCUUUAGAGGCAACGCGAUUAAGAUCCAAUUUUUUGGCCAACAUAUCACAUGAAUUACGGACACCUUUCUCUGGCUUUUAUGGAAUGCUCUCUUUGUUAGACGAGGCUAAUUUGGAUUAUGAACAAAGAGACAUUGUAAAUGCAGCACGGCUUAGCUGUGAAAUGUUAUUACAAGUCAUUAAUGACUUAUUGAAUUUUAGCAAGUUGGAAGCCGGCAAAGUAACAUUGGAAUCAGACUUAGAGUUUUCAUUGGAAAGAGUAAUUGUUGACUGCAUCGCCUCUGUUUAUUCUGUUGCUGUCAGCAAAAAUGUAACUCUCUCCUAUCAACUUUCGAAUGAUAUUCCUUAUUUCAUUGCUGGCGAUGCUUCAAAAAUUGGUCAAAUGCUUAAAAGUAUACUUGAUAAUUCUGUAAAAAUGGUUGAAAGUGGCUUUAUAAGCGUGAAAGCCUAUAUAUUUGAGAAUGGGGAAAAUGAUGAUUUAAGGCUUACUUUUAUGGUUGAAGAUAGUAGACCAGAACCAAAUGCAGUGUUCCAAGCUAAUCUUAUAAACUCGUUGAACAAAUACUGUAAUGAUAAUUUGCCUAUGGACUUAAGUGGGUCAGCCCUUGGAAUGUCAACAUGUUUGCAGUUAUGUAAAAUUAUGGGAGGUUCUGUUUUUGUGACAGUUUCGAAAACUCCUCCUACGUUCAGAAUUUGUUAUGACUUGAUGGUCCAUAAAUUACGGGAAGAGCGCUACAGAGAAGUUACUGCAAAUUUGGUUGAAGCGAAAGUUAAGUUCAACGAGUAUAUUAAAAAUAAGCUUGUUAUACGUGCAACGAAUGUACCUCUCGAUUCUGAUAAUAUCCUUACUUUUUUGACUGAAGCGGAAAAGCUGGUUCAUGUAACCAGCUGCCCUGAAGCUUUUGCAAGUUUCCUUGAUCAAGGUCGGCAGUAUUUAAACAUUGCUCGCUGCCUUUUGAUUCUAGAUGUAGACUCCCUUGAACAUUUGGAAAAAGUGAAUACUGAACUUAAGACUUUUCCUGACUUGAAUGUAAUUUUUGUCUCCUGUAUUCCUCAACUGAACAAAACUUACGACCAAAAGUCAAUAUCGCCGGAAUUUUCUGAAUACAUAGGUAAAAGGAGAACCAUGAUUGCGAAACCAUAUACCAAAGAACAGUUCGUAGAUGCAACUUUGAGGAUUGUCCAUCCCGAACAAGAUAAGCUGCGCGAAACAUCUUCCUACUUGCCGCUUGGUCAUGAACAAACAGAAUCCAACAGGCAAAGCUGGCAAUUUGAAGGAAUUAGAAUUUUAGUUGCUGAAGACAACAGUGUUGUACGACUAACGCUGGUUAAACAAUUAGAGCAUUUGGGCCUAAAAAUUGAGAGUGCUAAAGAUGGAAAAGAAGCGAUUGAGUUAAUCGCAUCUCAUCCUUGUGGAUAUUAUAACCUUGCGUUUAUUGACUACCAUAUGCCUUAUUAUGAUGGUAUAGAAGUGAGUAAGAAAAUGCGGGAGCUCGAGCAACGUGAAAAUAUCAGGUCAUCAGUACCAAUUAUUCUAUUAACAGCUGAUAUUCAGCCCUCUAUUGAGGAGGGAAACGAGGAUAUGGGUAUUACGAGAUACAUAACCAAGCCCAUUCGAAAGGAAAAAAUGUUAGAAAUCUUAUAUGCUUACUUGACAUAA